AUUUUUCAUGCUGCCGUUGGAUUUUGCUCCUUUCACGUGGUCGUGAAAAGUCAGGAUGGCAGAAUUUGUAGAAAAGCGAUGUGAGGAUAUGAUUCCUGAAUUGGAACAAAUGGAAAAAAUAAAACUUUUUGAUAAAAAUGAAAUUCGAGGUAUAGCAAAAAAACUUAAAGAAUUUGAAUAUAAAGUUCAGCGACAUACAAAAUGUAAAGAAGACUAUUUACGAUAUAUUCAAUAUGAAAUGGAUCUUUUGAAACUAAUUAAACAACGAAGAGAUAAAUUCGGUAUUACUCACAAAAAAUCUGAUAUCGAUUAUGCAAUUGCAAAUAAAGUUAAUCAUUUAUAUAAAGAAGCUAUAUUUAAGUUCCAAGAUGAUAUUAGAUUUUGGAUUGCAUAUAUAAAGUUCUGCAAACAUGUGCGUUUUCAAAGUUGUGUUAGUCGUAUGAUAAGUAAAAUGUUACAAGUGCAUCAAGAUAAACCAAAAUGUUGGCACAUUGCGGCACGAUGGGAAAUUGAAGAAAAUAAUAACAGACAAACCGCACGUCAAUUUCUUCUUCGUGGUUUACAUAUUCAUCCAAAUUCACAACUAUUAUUUAUUGAUACUUUUAGAUUAGAAUUAGAUGAAACAUUAAAUAAUACUGAAGAUAAUGAAAGUAAAACACAAAGCACUCCAUCUGCAAUAGAUGAUGAAGAUGACAUGCCUUUACCAUUAAAAAGAGCUUAUGUCGUAUAUAAAGAAGCAAGCAAAUGUAUAGAAGAUAUCAAAUUUAUUAUAGAAUUACUGAAUAUUACAAAAGAAUACAAGGCAGAAAAAUUACAGAAAAAAAUUGUUAGUGACAUGAUCCAACAAUAUGCACAUGAACCCUUAAUGUGGGAUACAAUGGCACGCCGUGAAUUGGAAGGUCUAGUACAGCCAUUUGCAUCUGACGAAUCAAUAAUGGAAGUUAAUUCUUCUGAACAAUCUUCUUUAAGAGAUCGUAUAACUUCUUGUAAUAAAGUUUAUCAAACAGCUGUAAAAAAAAUUAAAACAGAGGAAAUGUGGUCUCUUUAUAUAGAAUGUUUAUUAGAAAUAAAUCACGAUGCAGGAAGUCUCCCAAAUUUUAAGAAAAAAUUAUUAAAAAAUACUUUAGCACAGGCACAUCAAGCUAAAAAAUUAAAGGAAAAAUAUUAUUUACAUUGGAUUGAUAUGUUGAGUAAUGACAAGAAAGAUGAAAAUGCACAAAAAAAAUUGGAAGAAAUUCUUUCCUCUGCUACUGAAAUUAUUCCAAAUAGUGUUAGUCUUUGGCAUGUUAGAUUAAGACAUUUAUUAGUUACAAGACAAGAAGAGGAAGCUACCAAUGUAUUCGUAAAAGCAACACAAAUUCUUGGUGAGAAGUCAUUACCUUUGUGGAGAAUGAAGCUUUUACAUACACAAGCUACAAGUCCUGAUAAAACUGAAGAAAUUUUUCAAGCUGCAGUACAAGAACAUCCUAACAUUUCUAAGGAUAUGAAACCUAGUUAUAUAGAAUGGCUAGUUUUAACUAAAAGUAUUCAAACUGCUCGGAAAAUGUACGAUAGUCUUUGCUUACAACCACCAAUGUGUCUUGAAUUACACCAAAAAAUGGCAGAAUUAGAACUUAUUCAACCAGAAAUUGUAUUAAAAUAUGCAAGACGUCCUCAUGAAAUGGCCGCUUUACAAUUCGGUAAAAAUAAUUCUAAGGUUUGGCUAAAUUAUAUCAUAUUUGAAAUGAAUCACGGAGAUCCAAAAAAAGUUGGAGAGAUACAUAGACGAGCAGUUAAAACUUUAGAAGCAGCUUUGACCGAUACUUUUAUUUCUGAAUAUGCUUUAAUUAAAGCUAAUCCUGAUUCAAUAAAUUCAGUUUUAUGAAAUAUUAGAUAUAUUAAAAUUCAUACUUAUAUGUAUUAUAUAUUUUACUGAUUCAUAGAUAAUCAACAUGUAAUAUUAGAAUUUAUGAUUCCAGUGGUAUUUCUUUCUCCAUACGAGUCAGUACAAUAUUACGAUCUGUUUCGUUAGGUAAUUUUGUUCUAUCGCCAGUUUUUAAUGUUGAUCUCAUGUCUAAACACAUGAUAUCUGUUGAAAGUGAGUGUUGUUUAUCUUCUAAAUUUCUAUCAACCCGUAGAAGUAAAGAUUCUAGACCAUUAUAUGUCGCUCUAUAAAAAAAAGUAAGAAACAGAUUAUGGAAACACCAUGAGAUAUAUUCGUCAGUAAUAAAAUAUUUACAUAAAUA